UCGAUGCCCGCGUCUUCCCGCAGAGCCCCCGCAGACGGAGGAGCCUGCACAGAGCACUGGUCUUUUCGAGGCAGCUAAUCGGGAGUUUGAAAGCACAGAGUCAGGAAGUGACACUUCGGAUAUUUCAGAAGAACUUUCUACACAAGAUGGAGAGGGAAAGUCCCCAGGAGAAACAGCAUCUGGUUUGAAAACUGGACCAGAGGACUCUGCUCUCCCUGACACUCAAUUACAAAGGGAAGAAAGACCAACAAGCACUUGCUCUUCUGCCAGUGUGGUGGGAGAAGUAGUUAAAACUAUUCAGCACUUCAUGGAGAAGUUUGGCAUGGACCUGUUGACUGUUACACAGGCCUUUCUGAAAAACUCUGGUGAAGUAGAGACUACCUUAUACUUUCUGCAGACAGGGCAGCGCUUGGAUGGGUACCCUGUAUGGAACAGAGUGGAUGAUUUAGAAUUGCAAAAAGAUGAUGACUGUGUCAGAAAUAAAUUGAUAGCAAAAUUUGGAGCUGAAAAUGUAGCAAAGCGAGUAGCAUUUAGGAAAAGUUAG